UGCAACGCGCAAUUUGAUUGGCUAAUGUUCUUUGGAAGGCGGGGUUUAUAAAGACUCUUAUUCCGGGCAAAAUAAUUCCGAGCUUCCAGCUUACUAUCUUAAUGUACUGUCUUUGUUUUUAGUAAAAAAAAAACUUUUUCCAUUGUUCGGACGCGUCACAUGGGAAAUAACUCUUUAACCUGGUAGUUGAUGUUCAUAUUGUCCCCUUGAACCUGUCACCCAUUCCUCCUGCUCACAUCUGGACAACAUGGCGAACAUCGGCAGGCUCUCCACCAAGGAUGCUGUUCUCUUCCUGUGUGACAUGCAGGAAAAGUUCAGACCCAACAUCUUCCAGUUCACCAACAUUGUCAGCAACGCAGCCAGAGUCCUUCAGGCCGGUCGUAUUCUGGGAAUCCCGGCCAUUUUGACAGAGCAGUACCCUAAAGGUUUGGGACCCACUGUGCCGGAGCUUGGGGCCGAGGGUCUGACCGCUCAUGCUAAAACCUCAUUCACUAUGAUGAUAGAGGAAGUGCAGAAGGAGUUGCAGGCCCUCGGGAGCCCUAAGCAAGCCAUUCUGUGUGGGAUAGAGGCACAUGCCUGCAUCGCGUGUACAACAUAUGACCUUCUUGAGAAGGGAAUGGAGGUUCACAUUGUGGCUGAUGCUGUGUCCUCCAGAAGCCAGACAGACCGGCUGUUUGCUUUGUCCCGACUGAAGCAAAGUGGAGCUUACCUUACCACCACAGAGGCCGUCCUCCUGCAGCUCGUUCAAGAUGCCAAACACCCCAACUUUAAGGAGAUCCAGAAGCUCCUGUCCCAGCCAUCUCCUGACACCGGCCUCCUCUCCUUCUUCAGUGCUCUGUAGAGAGAUUGCCUCCUGUCAUUGUGCUACACUGUAUAAGCCCUCCGCUCUCACCACAGUGGCUCUAAUAAAGCACGACUUUUACCUAUAAA